AGAGUAAUGCUCAUGGCUUGGUAUAGCACCAGUUCCUCAAUUCCCAUCAGUUCAGUUUGAGUCGUUCCAUCGUGUGGACAGACAAAGAAUCGCAUCUCUUCCAAGUCCCUCCUUCCAGCUGUAGCUUCCUCCAGAGGGGACAAAGAAGUGUUGCGAACAAAGGAAUUCGCCUUAAAACAAUUACCAUUUCCCUGACCUUGACAAAGAGCCGCGCAGAUUUGAUUUCCGCGUUGUGAAAUUUCGCGCCAAAAUAAGAAAAGUUGCUGACAUUGAGAAUAUUGAAGAAAAAAUCUGCGUAAAAGAAGAAGAUAACUCAUGCGAUUGAGGGAAGAGCAGUGAACUGUGUGUUGAGAAGAUGUGCAAAAUUUUCAAUAGACUAAAUUAUCAGCAAUUGUGAGCAAUUUUCACCACUCAAAAGUCUUUUGUGGGUGAGACAGUUAAAAAGAAUUACCAAGUGAAUUUGUUUGAAUUUUCUGCUGCGAGUGUGAAUGAAAUUGAAAUCAUCAUGCGGAUGACGGAUUUCUUCAGCAAGCAAUGUUGCCUUGGGUCCAUAGGGUUAAUUUUGGCUGGAUUUGGCACGCUUUUUGCUGUAUUUUGGUUAGAUUUUCUAGAGACACAAAUUAUUAAUGAAUUAAAACUAGCACCAGAUACUCGAACUUAUGAUAUGUGGAAGUCUCCACCUUUAGAUAUGAGCAUAGAAAUAUACCUCUUCAACUGGACAAAUUACGAUCAGUUUCACAAUCAUUCUGUAAAGCCAAUUGUAGAGGAAUUAGGACCAUAUGUCUUCCGUGAGAAACCGGAUAAAGUUAAUAUAGUAUGGCAUCCGGAAAAUUCAACAGUGAGCUUUGGGAAACUCAGUGUCUUCCAUUUUGAUGCCGAGAGGAGUAAAGGAUCUCUUGAUGAUAAUAUAACAUCAGUCAAUAUUGUUGCAUUGUCCGCAGCAGAAACUGUUCGUUGGCAGAGUUACGUCGAACAGAAGAAAGUAUCUCUUGGUCUCAGUCUGUACAAUGAAGAGCUUCAUGUUACCAAAACUGCUCGAGAAUUUCUCUUCGACGGCUAUGAAGAUGAUCUCAUUGAGAUGGCCAAAGAGAUGUCAGCCUUUUCUUCCGAUAUCGUUGUGCCUUUUGAUCGUGCCGGAUACUUCUAUAUGCGCAACAACUCUGCAAGUCUCAUGGGGCAUUACAAUAUGUAUACAGGAGCUGACGACAUCUCCAAGAUCGGUUCCAUUGGGAACUGGAAUUACGGCAACAGGACCAAGUUCUUUGCCGAUACCUGUGGAAUGGUCAAUGGGUCCGCAGGAGAAUUCUACCCACCUCAACUGAAGAAGGAUCAAGUGUCCUUCUUCUCGCCAGACAUGUGCCGGACAUUGCCAUUUGAUUUUGAAGCAGAAGUGGAAGUUGAAGGUAUUACUGGGUACAAGUACAGCGGCGGUGCUAGGACCAUCGACAACGGUACUCUUUAUCCUGCGAAUGAAUGCUUCUGUGCAGGGGAGUGUAUGCCAUCUGGAGUCCUCAAUAUUUCUUCUUGCCGCUACGGAAGUCCAGUAUUUGUGUCAUUUCCUCAUUUCUAUGCAGCCGAUCCUUUCUAUCUAGAUCAAGUUGAAGGAAUCAAUCCGUCCAAAGAUAAACAUCAGUUCUACCUCACAAUAGAGCCUAGUAUGGGAAUCCCAUUGGAAGUUGCUGCAAGAUUUCAACUGAAUCUUCUCAUUCGUCCGAGUUCAAACGUUGCACUCUAUCAAGAUGUUCCCACCGUCUUCUUCCCCGUCCUCUGGUUCCAGCAAAAAGUCACUGUAAGUCCAGAAGUAGCUGCAGAUCUCCGUCAAGUGCACGCUCUACCAACCAUUGGGUACAUUUGUGCGGGCGUUGUGAUCGCUUUUGGGAUCCUCUUGAUCCUCUGGUUCCCACUCCUCAAGUUGAUCUGCCGAAGGGACAGGGUCCCAAAACGACAAAGAGAUGUGGAGAAGGAGAAAGAAAGUCCAGGACCAGAUGGAGCAGACAGUCCAUUAAUUUUCACAAAUGGUCUCAAAACAUCAGAGAAGUCAUCCACAAAGCCUCAUGACAGCAGGACAACUGACAAGGGACCCUACAAUUGAAUCUGAAGAUCUUCCAACAUCACUAAUUAGACUCAGUACCAAAGUGUCCAAUUAGCUUUAAAAUGAUCACCUCACAUUACUUGAAUUUAUUCAAUUAAAGCUGCAGAUUUUUAGCUGUAAAAUUCGAUUAUAGCACGAUCUGCAAUUGGGAUCAAAUGAAGACAAUUUUGAGAUUAAGAAUUGACUAUAAGUGAUCCAAAAGGUGCCCUCCUUUUAAAAUAAUAUUAUUAUUAGUAGUAGAUGACAGCCACAAAAUGUGCCAAAAGACUCAAUAUUUUACAUUGAUCAUUUUAGAAUUAAAUUUUCAUUCCAAAUAUCAUUAAGUUUGAUAUCUAUAUAUAGAUUUGUUAUGAAAUGUAAAGAGUUUUAAUUAUCUGAAUACAUGUAAUACAUGAAUCAUGAAAAUUAG